AUGGCUGCCGCUGACGCGAGUGCUAACAUCCUGAGUACGAGCGCGGACAUCGUCCGCUACCUGUCGGAGUUUGUGGGUGGCGACUCGUACUUCUUCUUCGCUCCUGUUUGUAAGGGUUGGGAGGCCGCUUGGGGAAAAGGCCGCCCAGCGUCGACCCGUCCCGUCACCUUCGACACGACGGUCACUCAGCUCGCGUCCAGCUUCGACAAUGGGCUUCGGCGCCACGCCGGCCUCUUGGAGGAAGCAGCUCGCCUCGGGAGGCCGGACCUCUUGCAGUGCUGCUUGGAUUGCGGCUGCGUCUGGUCCCGCACGGUGCAUGCAAAGGCCGCCGAGGCUGGGCAGCAGUGCGUCUUGGAGUGGGCCCGUGGCCGAGGGUUUUCGUGGGACCGCAACAUGUGCUCGGGCGCAGCGAGGGGGGGUCACCUGGCUCUCCUCAAGUGGCUUCGCCUCGAGAACAAGUGCCCCUGGGACCACAGCGUUUGCUCCUCUGCCGCCUUGGGAGGCCACCUUGAGGUUCUUCAAUGGGCCACAGAAAACGGGGCCCCGUGGAAUGGCUGGGCCUGUCGAGGGGCUGCCCUGGGUGGCCACCUCGACGUGCUUAAAUGGCUGCGACGGAAUGGCUGCAGCUGGGAUGCAGACACUUGCGCCGGCGCCGCACAGGGAGGCCACCUGACCAUCUUGCGGUACGCACGUUCCCAUGGAUGCCCGUGGGACCCAAGGACCUGCUCGUCCGCGGCGCUGGGAGGGCACCUGGACGUCCUGGGAUGGGCGCGUUCCAACGGCUGCCCCUGGAAUGAAUCCACCACCUGCAGGGCGGCAGAAGGGGGCCACCUCCAUAUCUUGAAGUGGGCGGCUGCGCACGGCUGCCCGAUGUCGUGCGAUAUUUGCAGCAAGGCAGCGAAGGGGGGACACCUGGACGUGAUCAUGUGGGCCAUGCAGCACGGGUCGGAGUGGGACAGUAACACGUGCCUGGAAGCGGCCCGGGGGGGGCAUCUCGACGUGCUGAAAUGGUGCAGAGCUCACGGAGCCCCCUGGCACGUCGACACGUGUUCCGCCGCAGCCGGUGGAGGCCACCUCGCUGUCCUGCAGUGGUGCCGACACAACGGGGCACCCGCCUGGGACGAAGGCACAUGCAACGCGGCCGCCAGGGGGGGGCACCUCCAAGUGCUCAAGUGGGCGAGAAUCAACGGGGCCCCGUGGGACGCCAAGGUCACCAACUGGGCGGCCAAGGGCGGGCAUGCGCCGGUGGUGCGGUGGGUUCUGGAGAACGGCUGCCCAACGGGCACGGGCGGGAGUCUGUACUAUUAGGUGGGGCGCUCCGGCUUCUUGGGUGCAGGAAAGCCAUUCGCCAUUUCGUUGGAGUUCAUCCAGUGUGCGUCGAUGGUCUUUUGGUGGGAAGGGGCGUUGGAGCGAUGUGUAAACACCGCAGUAUGGAAAAGGAUUUCAAGCUCAUGUAUGUCGGUGUUUGCUGUUCUUGGUGGUGUCGUUUGGGUUGGGGGGGGGGGGGGAACCCACCGUAUCCUAGUUAUUUGGACGACUUUGACUAGGUCGUUCGCUGUAUGUAUAUAACGGUGUUGUCUUAACACAGCAGGUGUCCGUGAUUGAUCAUUGUUUUCCGUGGGAGAGUUUUGUUUCUCACGUUUUGGAGACAUGUGCUGUCCGCCUAUUUCGUGUCGUUAUUUGACAUCUACUAUUGGUCACCGAUAUAAGGAGUGAGCCCUGUGGGCCCAUUUUUGUUUCUAUUUGCACGAAGGAUUAAAGACGUGUGGAAUCAUUCCAUGUAAGAGACAUCCUCGACCACCAACUAGAGACGUGGCAUGGCUGGGACUGAUUUUCAAAGCUCGAGUACUAUACUGGGUAUACAGCAGGGAAGAGUGGCUGUGCCGAAAGUGGUGGCAAUUGAACCGUCUCGUCGAGAGCUUUCCGGAAACAUAUCGUUUGAUUUGCACGUGUACAUCGUCUCCGGCGUGGAGGGAUCGAGCUUUGAAAAAUGGACUCACAGAGUGUGGCAUCUCUUUCAUCACGAGUGCUGUAUUUGGAAGGCGCAAGCUGCAUCGCACGCGCGUUUUUUCUUGUGUAUCUCGUUCUAUUCUAUUCUAUUCUAUUCUAUUCUAUUCUUUUCAAUUCUUCGUGAGCGUGUCCUUGAUGGUCGUGGUACAGAUACGUCUUGUUCUUGGGAGACGGCGGGCAUCACUCUAGUAAUAUGUUGUUUGUAGUAGCAAGCGCCGCUAGGGCGAUUGCAUGCCAAGGUUGUUGAGAGGGAGACUGACUCACACUCGUGUUGGCGGGUCAAGUUACGCCGUAGUAAUGCGGUAUGCAUUCCGUUCCAGCACUUUUCCCCGUGUCAGAUCGUUUUUUUCUCGUGGUAGAUCGGUUUUUCCCCGUGGUAGAUCGGGUUUCCUGGUGAAGCGCCGAACAUGACCGGUUUCGCAGCGCUUCCAUUCCAGGCUUGUAGCAAUAAUAAAUUGAUACACGCGGGCGUGGCCGCUAUAGGUGUUUUGCUGCGAGUUGCGUGGCUUCCGGGGAGAAGAGGGUAAUGGGAGCAUUCAUUUUGCUAUUCCCACGAAUACGCGGCACUGGGGCGUCACGCGGUACGCCGUUAAACGGUCAUUUUAUUUCGACAUUGUCGUCGUGCGAUAGCAAGCAAGCCCAGCCCCAGGAGCUGAAAAGUAGAUCGAUACACAGUAGUGCCUGCCGGUAUGAAUCGUGAUUCGUCUUUGGUUUUGAUUUUUUUGGGUUCGGGCGCUGCGUCCGCGGAACACGAACACGAUCAGACGGAGGCGCAACGGUGUCGUUCAACAUAAUUGUUGUUGAUAGUUUUUUUUUUUCGGGGGAAUUCGUCGAUUACUUGCGUCAAUUUGUUUUGGAGGAAGGGUCGCGUCUGUUUCUUGGCUGACGGUUGGUCUACGGUUGACAGCCUCCGAUUUGUGGCUACUGUAGAACCGUGUUAUCUUGUCCUGUGGCUAGAAUCUUUCAUAUCAUUACGAAUCGUCACUUUUACCCUUGUCGUCUACGUCUGGGCUGGUGGUAUCUAUAUCUACACGAUCUAUUCUUCCCUAGGCUCUUUUCGUGGUCUUACCGAGGGACUCCGUGUUUCUGUUUCUGGGGGGGGGGGGGGGGGAGAGGGUGGCGGUGCGGGCGUGAGCGUGCCCUCCUAGAACUACCGCCCGACGGUCAGGUUGGUUGAUGCGGAUUCUGUGGCUGGGUGUUGGGGGGGAGGGGUAUGAUCUAGUAUUCGUCGUUCCCCCCGUAGAACUGGUCCUCAUUUUGUCCCACGUAGUAGUACCGAGUUUGGGCAAAAAUAGUACCACCGAAUAGAGCCAAGAUGCCAAGGGAAACGGGCGAAGGUAAUGAAAUGUAGGGGGUAGACACCAUCUGAGGAGAAGUGAGUUGCGUGGUGUGUCGCCUCGUUCGUGUGUUGUUUUUGUUCGUUUUCCAGUGGCUGUGUUUCAUUCGUUGUUUUCUAAGCAAGUCGUAUUUAUCUGGGAGGACCAGGGAAUGCGUUGUGGAAACGCAGCAUAUGCAUGCAUUUUCGUGGUUGUAUAAACAGGGAAAAAUAAAAACGAUGGAAGAAAUCGGUCGAAAACCAUCCUAAGAGCUUUGUCGUCGACAGGACGUUUGUUGUCUUUGUAGCACAAGCGAGUGAGGGGUGCUAGAAUGGUGUUAACCAACGCCACUGCACUAAAUGCCUCUUCUUGAAAGAGUGGAAGUAACACGGAAUGGUAGAGAAGACGCUCCAAAGAAAGAAACCCACGAAGUAGCGGGGUAUUCGAUGUACAUUCGGUUCUUGGCACGGCGUGGCACGAGGAGCAAGCAUGGUGGUAUGUAGGUGAUUCUGUUUGGCAGCGAAACGCCGGGUGGCGGCAACGGACCGAGGGAUGCCUCUUGCAGACGUUCCAGGUCAAAGAAAACAAGAAAGAAACUGAGUGUCGAGCGCGGUUGCGAGGAAGCCUUGGUAGCUCCGCGCUUCUGGAAUCUCCCUCAAGGUUUGUUGUAGACGGCGCUAGAAAUCUUCGUGUAACAACGACGUAUGCAUCGUAAGUGUUUGGUCGAUUCUGUUUGCCACGUUCACUGAAGGAGGGCGGAAGUUGGACCUGCUUUGCUUUACUUUUUUGUGGACAGUCUCACAAGCUCGCCGGCUGAACCCCUAGUGCGGCUGUAUUCUGUACCAUGGGAAGAACUAAAUAGGUCGCGAGACCCCGUGCCGAAUUGAUCCAACCAACUUGUAUUCGGGUUUUCUGUCGAAUGUAGCGUUUUCGUCAGACCUGCUGGACGCACCGAACUCUCUGUUCGUGGCUUGACGGUGUGUGUUGGCAUGCAAACUCGCAGUGCGGUCAUUGGUCUGCGUCUAUCACUCCGGUACAUACGUAGGUCCUUGAGUCGUAAGUCGAUCGAAUCGUACCCCAAGAAUCGAGCAGCGAUUGUAAACAAGCAGGGUACCCCGUAUAGGUGAAAUGCGAGUCACUGAACCCCCGAGCCAGGAGGUGUCUCAUCUCUCCCCCGCCCUUCAGGCUGUUGUUGUUUUGCAAGAGUGCGGUGAGGCAUAGUACUGAAGCCGGUGCUUGCCCCGUAUCGCAACUAUUUAAAACAUGUUGCACUGUGCUGUGUCAGGUCCAAAGUGUAGUGUAGAUCUUGUACGACGCCUGGCAGGAGUUACCACCAUGGCAGGCACCGUAAGGCGCCUGCUGCUAUCGACGCAUCUCCUCAUCAUCAGUAGUGGGUCAGCCGAAAGUGUUCCUGCGGCAAACGUCAUACACGCCUCUUGCACUGGCUAAUACCAACGGCCGACUUUUGCUCGUUGGAACGGAUGGUUCUUUGUUGUGUGUGGGGGGUACAGGUUGACCAGCUGUAGAGUGAUACCGCAGGGAGGGAGGGGCAUCCGUCAUGGAGGAGAAAAUGCGCAAUCCGAUUGGUUGGUGAGAUUGUGUUCCAACAACACGAGAUUAUUUGUGCUGGGUGCCACCACUACGGCAGCGACCAGAUUUGAGUCUCGGGACAACGCGCUGCUUGCACUCUUGUGCAGGGGGAGGAUGGGGGGAAAGGCACCUCCUAAGCCUACGAUUGUUAUGCGCGAGGAGAGACGGGAUGGCACACAAAUU